CACCCUCAUUUAUAUACACCUCUUCUCUUCUUCCUCUUCUUCCUCUUCUUCAUCAACCCAUGAACCAAAACCCAUGUUGAGAUGUAGCAUUUUGUCCCCUGUUAAGCUCACUACAAUGAGACAACCCAAAUGGCAUCUGCUGCUGCUGCUUCAUCUUCUUCUUCUUCUUCUUCGGUUCCCAGAGAGCAACUCCCAGGUUCAUGUUCUCAUGGAGCUGAAAAGGAGCCUCCUUGACCCCGAAAACCACCUCCGGAGCUGGAACUCCUCCGACCCAACCCCCUGCAACUGGAGCGGCAUCACCUGCAACCCCGCCUCCGAGGUCGUCAUCUCCAUCAACCUCCACGGCCUCAAUCUCCCCGCCUCCCCCGCCUCACCAUCUUCAACCUCUCCAACAAUGUCAUCUCCGGGCCCAUCCCUCCCGAUCUCGCGAACUGCGCCCGCUUAGAGGUCCUUGAUCUCGGCACCAAUAGCUUCCAUGGCGAGAUCCCGAUCGGGCUCUUCGGGUUGUCCUCGCUGAGGAAGCUCUUUCUCAGCGAGAACUACCUGUUCGGCGAAUUGCCGCAGAGUAUUGGUAACGCGACUGCUCUAGAAGAGCUCGUCAUUUACAGCAACAACCUCACCGGCACGAUUCCGCCGUCGAUUCGGACGCUGCGGCGCCUCAGAAUCAUCCGCGCCGGGCUCAACGAGCUCUCGGGCCCGAUACCGGUCGAGAUCAGCGAAUGCCGCAGCUUGGAGGUUCUCGGGCUCGCCCAGAACCGGCUCCAGGGGCCCCUCCCGAGAGAGCUCGCGAGGCUUCGGAGCUUGACCACUUUGAUUCUGUGGCAAAACCGGUUGUCCGGGGAAAUUCCCGCGGAGAUCGGUGAUUGUACUAGUUUGGAGAUGAUUGCUCUGAAUGACAAUGGAUUCGUCGGCGGGGUUCCGAAGGAGCUCGGGAGGUUGUCGAUGCUGAAGCGGCUUUACAUCUAUCGGAAUCAGCUCGACGGAACGAUACCCAAGGAGCUGGGCGAUUGCCGGAGCGCAAUCGAGAUUGAUUUCUCGGAGAAUCGGUUGGCGGGAACCAUUCCCGGCGAGCUCGGUCGGAUUCAAACCCUGCGGUUGCUUCACCUGUUCGAGAACCGUUUGCAAGGUCGAAUUCCUCCCGAGCUCGGCCGGUUGAGUCUCCUACGGAGAAUUGAUUUGUCCAUCAAUAACUUAACCGGCACCAUCCCUUUAGAAUUCGACAACCUCACCUCCUUAGAGUACCUUCAACUCUUCAACAACAAUCUCUACGGCGCCAUUCCUCCUAUGCUAGGCGCCAAUAGCAAUCUCUCCGUUCUCGAUCUGUCCGACAAUAGGCUUAGCGGUAGCAUACCUUCUCAUCUCUGUGAGGACCAAAAGCUCAUCUUUUUGAGCCUCGGAUCGAACGAAUUGGUCGGGAAUAUCCCUCGCGGAGUGAAAACUUGUAAGUCCCUUGUGCAGCUACGGUUGGGCGGCAAUUUGCUAACGGGGAGCCUGCCGAUUGAAUUAUCCGCGCUCCAGAAUCUCUCUGCUUUGGAAAUGGAUCAAAACCGCUUUUCCGGGCCGAUUCCUCCUGAAAUAGGCAAGUUCAAGAGCAUAGAAAGGCUCCUGUUGUCGAACAAUUACUUUCUGGGCCAACUUCCCCCUGAAAUUGGGGAACUAACUGAGCUUGUGAGCUUCAAUAUAUCGUCUAACCAGCUUUCGGGACCUAUUCCUCGUGAACUGGCUAAUUGCACGAAGCUUCAAAGGCUUGAUCUUAGUAGAAACCGGUUUUCCGGGUUCGUUCCUGUAGAGAUCGGCAAUCUAGUGAACCUUGAACUGCUUAAGCUGUCGGGUAAUAACCUAAACGGGUCUAUCCCGAGCAGUCUAAGAAGCCUUUUCCGGCUUACCGAACUUCAAAUGGGAGGGAAUAGAUUUUCCGGUCAUAUUCCGGUCGAGCUCGGCCAGCUUACCGCCCUUCAGAUUGCGCUCAACCUUAGCUACAAUUCUUUGGAUGGUGAAAUACCGACUCAACUUGGGAAUUUACACCUGUUGGAAUUCUUGUAUUUGAAUGAUAACCAACUCGAAGGAGAAGUCCCCGCUUCAUUCAGCGAGCUCUCGAGCCUUUUGGUGUGCAAUCUUUCUUACAACAACCUCGUGGGCUCGCUACCUAAUAUACCACUAUUCCAAAAAUUGGAUAAUAGCAAUUUUCUUGGAAAUAUCGGCUUAUGCGGGAUGAGAACAAAACCUUGCGAGCCAAUUUCGCUGCCGUCGUCUAAUUCACCAGCCAUUUGGGCUAAGAAGGAUGCCUCGAGGGAGAAGAUAGUUAGUAUUGCUUCUUUUGUUGUCGGCAUAGUUUCCUUAUUCUUAACUGCCGCAGUUUGCUGGUCUUUAAAGCGCCGAACACCUAAUCUCCCAUCCAAUGAAGAUCGUAAACAAAAUGUUUCGGGUCCUUAUUACUUACUCAAGGAGCAGAUAACUUACCAAGAGCUUCUCGAGGCCACGGGUAAUUUCUCCGAAAGCGCUGUUAUAGGAAGAGGAGCUUGCGGGACGGUAUACAAGGCUGUUAUGUAUGAUGGAAGUUUAAUUGCUGUCAAGAAGAUCAAGGCUCAAGGAGAGGGUUCGAACAUUGAUAGUAGCUUCCGAGCAGAGAUAUCGACUCUUGGAAAUGUUAGGCACCGAAAUAUCGUUAAGCUGUAUGGUUUCUGCUCCUACCAGGAUUCGAAUCUUAUCCUUUACGAGUAUAUGGCGAAUGGUAGUCUCGGGAAGCUUCUUCACGGGGAUAAGGAGGUUUGCAUGCUCGAUUGGGAUGCGCGUUAUCGAAUUGCUCUUGGAGCAGCUGAAGGGUUGAGAUAUCUUCACUGCGAUUGCAAGCCGCAGAUUGUACACCGCGAUAUCAAGUCGAAUAACAUACUGCUAGAUGAGGCAAUGGAGGCUCAUGUCGGGGACUUUGGCUUGGCGAAACUGAUUGAUAUCUCGCACUCAAAGACCAUGUCCGCCGUUGCCGGCUCAUACGGGUAUAUUGCCCCAGAGUACGCUUUCACCAUGAAGGUUACUGAGAAGUGCGACAUAUAUAGCCUUGGCGUCAUUCUCCUGGAGCUAGUCACUGGGCAACCACCCAUUCAGCCUCUCGAGAAAGGAGGGGAUCUCGUCAACUGGGUGCGGAGAUUAAUGCAGAACGCGGCUCCGCAAUCCGAGAUCUUUGACAGCCGACUCGACUUGAGCUCGAAAAGCACGAUCGAGGAGAUGUCGCUGGUUCUAAAAAUCGCACUUUUCUGCACCAGCGAAUCACCACUCGACAGGCCGACCAUGAGGGAAGUUAUAAGUAUGUUGGUCGAUGCUCGGGUUUCCUCUUCUUCUGAUAUUCCCUCCUCCCCGACAUCAGAGACAGCUUUCGACGAAGAGACCACCUCUUUCAAAGGAAAAAUACAGAGGUGAACUGAUGCUGCAGAAAACAAAGUUCCUUUCUAUUUAUUUAUGAACAUGUCCUAGUGCAUGACUUUCAUGUUCAAUCUGAAAAAUUGCAUAGAAUAGCAAUUGCAUAAUUAAAAUUGCAAGGAAUAAGCAAGCAUUCGGAACACCGCCGACGCUGACGCCGCGGAUUCAGCUGCAGCAGCUGCAGUAGUUCAUUAUCAGAAUGUAAAGAUAUUCGCGGUGAAAUAAUGCUGUAAUUUUUCUGGAGUGCUCAGAAGCCUUGUUGUUUCGCUGGAUCUGUAAACAGUGAACGCACUGAUGAUCUCUUUUGCAUACAAAUUUACCAUGUCGUUGUGAUGAAGUGAA